GCAGACACAGCCCAUUCUGGCCCCAGACAGAACUCGGGUCUCUCCCAGAACCGGGCACUUCUCCAGCUCGGGAAGAAACCCAGUGCAGUGACAGGAGCCGUCACCUCCCUGGCUGGGCUGGGGACUCAGCGGAUCGCAAUGAGCCCCCUGCGUCUGAAGGAGAAGCUGCAGGCCCUCCAGUGCCACUUCACUUGGAACUUUGAAAUCAGAGACAAGGUAGAUGCAGCUCACAUCCUCCAAACUCUGGCUCUCAGGAUUGCCCACACUCACUACCAGAACCAGCCCACGUUCCUUGCCAUGCAGGCUUAUCUCUACCACCUGCAAGGGCAAUAUGAAGACGCUCUGCAAAGCCUUAGAGAAGCCGAGGAGAUUCUGCAAAGAGAUCACCCAGAUAACUUCCCCCGGCAGGGCCUGCGCAAUGGCAGAGAAGCCACAAAGUGUUUCCAAAUGGCAUUGAGAGAAGACGAAGCAAAUGGGGAGUUUCUUGGUGGGUUGGCAAUCGCAGCCUUUGCAUCAUGGACUCACUCACACGAUUCUGCAACUUGGAAUGCUGCCAGAGAGAAGUUGGGCACCAUUAUCGGUGAACAGCAGCAAAACUAUGAAGCUAAGGUGUAUUUAGCCCAGAUCCUUAAGAGGGCGGAUAGACAGCAAGCAGAAGCCCUCUUAGAAGAUGUUGUUCAGAAUAGCCUGGACCCUGAGGUUCUGAGAAAUGCAGCCAAAUUCUUUCAACAAGAAUUCCCACAAAAAGCAAUUGCUAUCCUACAGCGAGCAAUAUUGCUGAAUUCCACUUACCAUCUCCUUCAGUAUGACCUUGGCGUCUGCUACAAGAAACAACUGAAGGAGGCCAAGUCAGGCAGAGGAGAAAUAUUGGCAGCAGCUAUUGAAGCCUUCAAAAAGGCUGUGCAUAAAGAUCCAACCUCUGUGUUUGCAAAGCUGGCUUUAGCUGAAAUGUAUGGAGAAAAUACACCUCACUACCAAGAAGAGAUUUAUCUCAAUGUCAUGAGUGAAAUGCCCAGCCUCAGCAAGAGGUGUCAGCAGGCCGUCUACCUUCACUGGGGGGAUUUCCUCUUCUACAAGCAGAAGUCACUGUGGGAGGCAGCUAAGACGUACAAAGCAGGUUUCGCCAUUCCAGACAAGUACCUGGAGAGGCAACAACUGAAAACCAGGUUGGAAGAGGUGGCAGGAGAAUUCCAGCAGAGCUCCCAAACCGCUGAGGCUGGGGCCAUAUAUGACUUCAUUCAAGAGAAUGAAAGUCCGAGACACUAUAAAGUUCACUGAUGGCAACAAUAGAGCAGGAGACUGGAGAUGUGGAGACAAUGCAGGAUCCCUUUCCCUUCCCUGGACACACCCAGACCUCCUUCUGAAGCAAGUCACUUUCCCCACCUGUGUAACAAUGACAUUCGUGUUGCAAGUGAUUCUGGGUCCCCUGAAUAGUUCAGACCACGGCACAUCCUGCUGCUGCUUCUUAUAAUUAUUAUUAGCUACCUGUACUGUAAAGAACGAGGCCCCUUAGUUAAAUUGUGCAUGUUUGGGACACAUCCAUGUAUGUAAUUAAUAAGGGCUAUGUGUACGUUUUUCUUAUGUGAUGGUUGUCAUAUGUUUAUGGGUCCUGAGAUUGUCCAUGAACAUAGGUUUUGUGAAGUUUCAGUUCCCUGCAAAAGGCACAGGGCGGGAAGCAAAGAAAGGAGUUGCCUAGGGAACUAGGGUAUAUAGGGAAGCCGGUGGGGUAGGGAGGAGACUCUUUCUCAGGAGAGUGAGAAGGUUGCUGCCUGCUGAGCUGUGACUUUAAAUACAGCAGCAGUCAGGAUCUCUCUCCCUGACAGCAGGGACGAGCUGUCAGCCCGUGACAGCUACUGACACCAGUGAGUGCGUUGUUGUUGGGGUUUGUUGUUCUGAUGGGGAGCACACUCGCAGACACACACAGAGCUAGGUUCUUACUUGCAGCCAUGACGGCGCAAAGGGGUUAGGGUGGGAAACAAGUGUCAGGGACACUCACCUGAUCUCCGUGGUCAGGUCCUUGUUGUCGGAGGAGGCCUCUGAUCCACCUCAGCUGGGAAUCAAUCCUCGGGCAGCCUCACCUGUAGAGAAGUUAAGGUAGAAGGCUUCCAAUUACCACCUGUUAGGUGAAUCAUAGAAUCAUAGAAUAUCAGAGUUGGAAGGGACCUCAAGAGGUCAUCUAGUCCAACCCCCUGCUCAAAGCAGGACCAAUUCCCAGCUAAAUCAUCCCAGCCAGGCUCUAUUGUUAUUCCCCUCCCUUCCCUUCCUCCUUUUACAUCCUCCCAUUGUAAUUAAAGGAACGUUUACAUUCAAACAGCAGUGUGGGUGGCGUUCUUCCUGGGCAAACUCGGACAGACUGGUGCGGAGGGGGUCUGCAAGGGAUUAGAAACCUCCUGUCAAUCUCUGAUUCAGAGCCUUCGGGAAGGGUUGCUGCUCAGAAACAGAACCCUUGGGGUGUUUGGGUUACAGUAGUGUGGUAGCGCCUAGGAGCCCAGACAUGGACCAGGACCCCAUUGCGUCUGGCCCCAAAGAGUCUACAGUCUGCGACCAGAGACAACAGGAGGGAACCAGCAGACAGACGGGGGAGCACAGGCAGACGAUACUGGUCAGCAAAAUGGACAGUGGUCUCAGCCCACCAGCUACCCAGCCACUGUCCAGUGUUUUGUAAGCAUCACCGCAGAGGAGAGUUUAGCUUCUGAUCCUGAGCAGCUGUUUCUACCCAGAGGGGGCGGUGCGACCAUCCUUGUCUCUAAGCAAACCUACCUUCCAGAUCUGCUGCCUUCUAACAUCCACACAGCAAAUAGGCGUGGAGUUUCUUCUAACAGCGUUGAGUUCUUGUAUUUGCAUAGCUGAGGGCCUGUAGUGUG